GGGGGGGGGGGGGGGCCUUGAGGCGACCCGGAAGCGGAAGUGGAAGAAAGUUCUAGUGGGCUGAGGUAGCGGCGGGAGCAGCCGGGUGGCGGGAGAAGCCGUUACAGGAACUGGAGCUGCGGAUUAAGCUUGAUCGAGAUGACAACCUCCCAAAAGCACCGAGACUUCGUGGCAGAGCCCAUGGGGGAGAAGCCAGUGGGAAGCCUGGCCGGGAUUGGCGAAGUCCUGGGCAAGAAACUGGAGGAAAGGGGCUUUGAUAAGGCCUAUGUGGUCCUCGGCCAGUUUCUGGUCCUAAAGAAAGAUGAAGACCUCUUCCGGGAAUGGCUGAAGGACACGUGUGGCGCCAAUGCCAAGCAGUCCCGGGACUGCUUUGGCUGCCUGCGAGAGUGGUGUGAUGCCUUCUUGUGAUGCUCUCUGGGGAGCCCCCGAUCCCAAGCCCCAGCAUUGAGUCUCCAGAGUUUGCAGCCUAGUGAGGACUCCUCCUCUGUCCUCUACAAAAGAAGAGAUUGCUGUUGUGCACACCUCCCAUGUACUCCAGGGCCUUUGGGGAGUUCU